CAAUGGACUGGGAGAUUUGUCCAGUCACGCCUUCUUCUCUCCUCAUUUCCUACCAAAGCCAGCUCCGCCUGUUGAAGUCAUCCAGGCCCGCUGCCUUUCUACUCACUUUCUUGAGUCACUCGUCCUCUGCAGCGACGAGCACGCGCUCUAACUAUGUCUCUUCCUACACCUCCCAGCACAUCGCAUCGCGCCGACAAAGAAAAUCGUCCUAUAGCCUCAUCGUCGCGUGUGAUAUGGUCGCCUACCGACAAAAUCCACCCUCUUUCUAAUCUACCACGCAUUCCACAAAUUCGCAGCGCGUCCAGGGACCAUCCAACGAAGUCGAUCUUGAAGAAACCGACGCGUUUAUCUCCUAUUCCAGAGACGAGCAAGCGAGAGAUCACCCCAGAGCCCGGCUCUCCCCAGGAGGACGACAAGUAUUUGAUGACACCGCUGUCGAAAAUUGUGGCUUCUGAUCCCCCAAUGUCGGACCUCAUCGAAUCCUACUCGAUCUUAACUGCAAGACUUCGGUCUUGUGUUCAUGAUCCGGAUGAAGUCAAGUCAUCGUGGCCUCUUUUCAACCCACUGAGAGACCACCGGGAGAAACUUGCCAAUGCUAUCGUCAGAGACGUAGGAAGGGCGCUGGUGGAUCCUCUGGAGGGGGCAUUGUCGGAGAAAGACCAUAACAGAGCGUUCCUCCCAUCACCGCAGAACAGUCCUAAGAAGAAGAAAGGAAUGAACGCCGAACAGGUGAAAUAUGCUCGCGAUCUGUGCACAACCAGCCAUGCCGUCAUCAAGCUUCUGGGUUUCGUUCUUACACUGCCACCUAUUUUUGAGAUCUUCACGGGUGCGUUGUUCAUUUUUUUUAAUGAUAACAAGAUGCUCAAGGCCGUCGAUAUAGACACAGAGCUGCGUUCUGUGCUGACAAGUGUCCUAGCGAUACCACUUGCCAAAGAGCUUCCUACGCUAUAUACGCGCAAAACAUGUGCGCUAUCUAUCUGGCUCAUUCAAGUCCAGCGACUUCCUGCAGAAGUUCUCGAGCCCGCUGCAGAUCGAAUUGCAUAUGCGCUCUCACGUGGCAUCGAUGGAGAGUUAGGGAAAGAGGGUAAAAAGGGUUCUGCAAAUGAUGGGCUAAGGGCCAUCCAUGACCUAUCUUUGCACCAACCCUCAAUAUUUGUUCCUGCGUUUGCGAAGAUUAUUCCAUCUGUCUUCACAAACCUACUUAGUCCCAGCAUCGUUCUACGUGUGCAAGCCUGCCACGCCCUUGGAGGCCUUGCCUUGGCAAGCUCGGUCCUUCCCUCAUCGGAAGUACACUCAGAACUUUCAGAAAGUGUCGCAACAUUCCUCACAACUAUCCCUCCUAAACCUUCACCAUCCAAAAGUAAAGAUUCUACUGUUCCUGCUGAAGCUCCCAUCGUUCGAACGCUGCGAACAACACUUAGUGCCACAGACCCCUUACAUGUUGCUCAUGGACCGGUUUGGGGCCUUCACAUCCUGGCCAGCUUCCUAACCCUGCUUCGUUCUCGGACCUACGAUGAUCAAACGGUAUUCCAUAUCAUCUCCGCCCUCUUUCAACUACCAAUGAGACACAAGAAGAAUUCUGUUCGAGGGCUGCUAUGCGUCGUCUGGCGCGUCAUUACCUGGGUCUAUUUCCAACCUCGCCUUCCCCUGUCUGAUGAAUCAACUUCGAAGACUGGCUCUACACACCGACUAGUAUCUUUGCGAGAAAAUUGGUGGAAGUUCGUGAAGACGAUCGUGUCGAUGCACGCAGGCAUUAGUUCCCUCGCCGCCUUGUUUGCUAGUGGCGCCGCCUCCGAGGUUAUGGACCGGGCCGUUGACCUACUCGAGCAUAUGAUCCUUAAGCGCGAUUCGACCUUUAGAGACGCCCUUGCAGUUAUGAGGCAGCUCAUCGGCUUCGAGGCACCCGACGUCGAAUGGAACUGGAGCCUUUUGACGCCGCAGUCACUGUUCUCCUCUAAUCCCGGCCUUCUUACAGUCGACUUUAAGGCUUUGCAGACCGCUGUUUCCCCAUUGUAUGAUGAAUGUGCAGGUGUCCAUGACAUACGCAUCGCAUGCUUCGGUCUAAACGACGAAGAGACAGUAUCUGAAAUCACAUUGACUUGGAAGUAUCUCCUCAAUGCCCAUUUGAUCACACACGAAGAUAUCCUCAAAGACUCAAAUGCGAUGGUGCAUGCUCCUUCUCCUUCAUCUUCUCCACUUAGUACCCCUGCCAAAAAACCUCCUUGCACUCCUGUUGCUCUCCACAAACUCAAAGUUGCUCAAGAUCUAUGGGCAGUCAUACGCGAGUUGAUUCCAAAGGAUAACCUACGUGAGGCAAACCGUCUUCUCGCUUGUUUGAUGAAGCAUGAGGCUGACCUGACGGAUGGCGACGAGCUUGUCAGAAAGGAGUGGGCUUCAUUAUGUGCUCAAGUCGCUGUGGUCUGCGAAUUGGAUGAACUCAAAGCUUUCUGGUCAUAUGUAGUAGACGCAGAGAUACCCGCAUGGAAGUGGAAUUGGUCUGAAACCGUUAGGAGCAUCGUCUGGAAAGCUUUCGCCGACGCCUGGCACCAGGAAGGCACUUGGGAGAGCAUCAUCGUCCUCCUAAAUGUACCAUUUUUGCGCGAACACAUUUGGGAUCUAACCGAUAAAGACUUCCGGACCUGGGAAUCCCUUCUCGGCGUUGGCGUAGAAAAGGCAUUCGACUAUGGCAUGGAUGCUUCUGAGUUCAUCGACUCGGUCGCUGCAAGUGUCUCCCAGAACCUGGACCCCACUGUCACGUCAGCGACAAGGAUAACGGAUGCCCUUAUAUCUCGUGUGGACAUGUCAGACGUUCGGCAGAUACCUGCAUCACUAGUUGACCUUGUCAAUGAGACACUACGAACAAGUUAUCCUCCGGAGCCGAGCAAUAUGACGACAUCGCUGUGGAUGGUUAGGUCCAUGCUUCGCAUGCUAGAGACCUGUCCGUCCGAAUUGAUCUCUAGUAUCCUUAAUGCCUUGCAAGAAGGGCUGUCUUUGUGGAUAUCGGAUGAGUUCAAAGCAUUCAAGCCAUCGGACUAUUCUGGCGAUAUCCUGUCGUUGUAUGAAGUGGUUCUCAUGUCCAUGCAAAGCCUUCCGCACGACCUCGAGAACCUUGCACACUUCGAUGCACUCAUCGAAGCCGCUUUUUACGGACGCGAAGAUAAACCUCAAGGAAUAUUUGACGCCUUCACCGAUUUCUGGCAGGAAACAUUCUCGAUGAAGAUUCCGCUGAGCGACUGGCCUCAAAAGGUUCGAGCAUUCUUCGGUAUAUGCGAACCCCCAGUGGGAGCAGACCUAGUCGAGGGGAUAUUGCAUGAUGCAUCUCCUUCAAAAGAAGUCGAAGAAACGUCUCUCGGGUUGAUUAUGUUCACAACUCCUCCCUCAUCUCCCAUUCGAACCCCUGCACGCCCUCACAAAUCUCCAGCAGCGUUUUCCCGACAUACUGACAUCAUGCUAUGCACCCCGGAGUCUCCUACCGUUUCCGGGAGAGUUUCUCGUCGAUCAAGCGCGAGCAAGAAAGCUGAAGUCGGUCGACAACAAAGAGAAUGUACCACUCAAGACGCCAUCCACACGGUCUACCAAAGGCAAACGUCGCAUGCGGUCAAGGGAUCUCCAAGUAGUGAAGAUGAGGACCGCGAAACUCUGGCUGUGUCGUCGCCUAGUUCCGACGUGUUUUCCUCUGGUGGCUCAAGUCCGGGAAAAAGGAAAAGGAUUAUCAUGGAAUCCGUUGAAGUUCCAACAUUGAGAGAGGUUAUUCGUAGGCGGUUGGCCGGGACGCCGAAAAGCCUUGGUUUGUCACCUUCAGGAUCAUUCGAUGACAUGCUCUUCCGUGAGACUGGAAGGAAGCAUUCGAGUUCUGGGCCCAACGGUAGUGACGACUCUGUUUCCUCCCCCACGACAGAACCCGCUUCCUCUGAUGAUGAUCCGCAUUAUGGGCAGGUCACUCCCCACCAUCUCAUUUCACCUGACAUCCCAUCCCGCCGGAGUGAAGACGAAGACGACAGACACAACCAUGACCCUCCCAGUGAUGACUCGAUUUUGUGUCCUAGUCCGACCAAAGACGUAAUCCAACGACGACUACAAAGACGGUCGUCAGGGUCUCCAAAAACACUUUAUUGA